AUGAAUGCGCUACUAAAAAUAUUCGACGAUUCUAACGAAUCCAUCGAUGACGACGAUCCGUAUGUUUUGGUGAACAUGGCUAAAAUAAUCAUCUCUGACAUUGUUAGGGAACAUUACCGAUGGCUAGGAAGCAAACAAACGAAGGAACAUAAAAGCGAUAAACGAUUAAAAUUUUUUAACAAUCCCGAUCAAUGUGUUGAUUAUAUUUCAUCAUAUGAAUGGCGAAAAAUAUUUGUAACACUUUCCGAUGAGUUUGCAUACAUGUUACCGUUGAUUCAUGAUUUACCACAGAUUGUUUUUAUUUAUAUAUGCGCACCCAAAAUGCUUGACAUUGACGUUUCCAACGUUCCAAAACUUCGAGGUAUAUUUAACAAUUGGAGUUUACUGUCAAAUAGAUGUCUUGCUGAUCUUCGGGCGUUUGCGAAGGAACUAAGGCCUAUUAGAGUAAUCCAAGAAGAGACUGUUUGGCUUCGGGAUUUAGCAAAUAUAGAGCUUAAUGAUCGAAUGCAUAAAUUAAUAUCAACUGCAGUUGACACUCUAACUGUAUUCACGGAACCGGAUGACUGCAAGGCCCAUAUUACAUUGUGUGACUGUCCAGUACUUCUCAUUCUAUCACACCCUAAUAGUUAUGCUAUUGAAACAUUUUUAUCUGAUAUACCACAAAAAACGAUUUUUAUCUUUAAAGCCAAUGAAGACAAUAUUCAAAGUAUAUGCGAUCACUUGGCGAUGCGAUACUCGCUCUCAUUUAGCUUAUUUGAGAAGUCUAUGGUUCAACAGUCAGUGCGCAAUAUAAAUAAUAAUAAGUCAGUUUUUUUAUUUUUUCAAUUAAUGUUCGACUUGUGCAUAUAUAGGCCAUCUAAUUCACCUGGGAAAGAUGAAUUUCUCAAAGAGUGUCGCAAAUAUUAUGCAAAUCAAGAUCCAUUAAAUAUAAUUAAAGAAAAACUUAAUGAAUUUGACAGAACAUACAAACCUUCCGAUGCAAUCAAAUGGUAUACAAGUGAUUCGUUCCUAUAUCGUUUAUUUAAUCGAUCAUUACGAACAGAAAAUGUUCACUUUUUACAACUAUUUAAAUUCUUUCUGAAGGAUAUUCACAGUCAGUUACAACAAUUACACUUAGAACAAUUUCUUAGUGAUAAAAAUACGCAAAUUUCGUUAACAGUUUAUCGUGGGCAAACGAUGUCGACAUUCGAAUUUGACAAAAUUAAAAAUAAUACCGGUCUAAUGCUAUGCAUCAACACAUACUUUUCUACUUCAACUGAUGUUCAAGUAGCAUAUAUGUAUUCUGGUUCCGAUUCUGAAAACAAACAGUUAGAUAUCAAAUCUGUUGUCUUCGAGAUUAAGAUUGAAGACACUCGCCGUCCUACACGAAGACCAUUUGCAUCGAUUGGUGAAAUCAGCGAUAAGAAACAUGAAAGGGAAGUAUUGCUUUCGGCUGGCUCUAUUUUUCGUAUUGAAACUGUAGAAGAAUAUGACAAGUGUUGGCUCGUUCAAUUAACUUUUGUCGAAGAUGAGCAAGUGAAUAAAAUUCGUUGUGACAUACUAAAUCAAUACUACGGUGAAAAUGAACGAGGAAAUAAUUUAGUAGUAUUAGCAGCUAUUUCAAACGUUAUGGGACAUUUUAAGCAUUUUGAAUUGUUCAUCAGUAUGAUCACUGACUAUGAACCAUACCAACAGUGUGAUAUUGCAAGUGCGUAUAAAAUAUUGGGAGAUAUGAAUUUGAUCAAAGGAAAUCAUCCGAUAGCGACGAUAUGUUAUGAACGCGCAUCAGAAUAUCAAUCGAAAUCAGAAAUGAUGUCAUCUGACGACGUCAGUACUGUAAAUACAUUCACGGAUCGAAAGAAUUAUCAAUUCGGCGACUUUAGACAAUGUUUAGAUAAUUCCUCACGUGCGGUCGAGAAAUGCAACAAACUUUAUUCCUCAUUUUCUCCUUCAGAGAUUGACAAGCUGUCAGUGUAUCUCGAUGAAUUUGAUCACACUCAUCGAGAUGCUAAAAUUUCUUUCAUGGAAGACAAACAUAAACUAAGACGUCUGGAGAUUGCAAUGAGUAAACUUCUUGAAAAUGAUGAUGGUGAUGAUGAAGUUGACGAUGAUGAUAACCCGAAUCAAGCACUCAGUAAUAUUCAAAUGCCUCCAGCAGAUAUAGAAAACUAUAGCGCAUUAGAUUUUAUUCAUCAUUCAUCUAUUGACUUAGAUAUACAAACUCACAAAGCCUAUGAAGUACUGAUAUUGCUGUAUCAUAAUUUUCUUGUAUAUAAUGUAACUGGCAUAAAUCUAAAUAUACCAGUAUCAUUCGAAAUUUCG